AUGGGCUCUGUGGAAAAAAGCGGUAGAUGCCUUCCUGUUCUCUGGCAUGCUUGUAGUAGCAGUGGCAUGUGUACUUAUAUACACUCAAGUCCUUCUCCCUCAAGCUCCCUUCCCUCAUUUCCUUGUCCAACUCAAGAAUUGGUACGUCGACCGGUAUGAUCACUAUCUGUUGAGAGAACGGCCCCCUUUCUUCGUUGGACUCAUCUGGUAUGAGUUCCUCUUUGAUGUGCCAAUCAUUGUCCUCAAUCUUUACGCCAUUUUGACUGCCAAACCCUGGUUCAAAACCACUUGCUUGAUCUACGGUGUUGCUGUGUGUACUGCAAUGACUGCUGUACUACCAGAAAUGUUGGCUGCAGGAGAGAAAUCUUCUAAGCUGAUGUCAAUAUACAUCCCUCUCAUAGGUUUAGGAGUGGUAGCAGCUCUGCGAGGUUUGCCAUCUCAUUCCAUAUUUGGCAUGAGCCCUGAAGCGUCCACCAAAAAGCACGUUUGAAGUUGAAGUAAUUGGUCUCUCUUCUAUGGAUUUGAAAAGGCCUGUAAGGUGAAAGCAUUGUCACACCUGUCACCUGCCGUUAGCAUGUUUUUGUGAUUUUUUGUGUUUAAUUGUAUUACAUAAAAAAACAAAAAAAAUUGUCAGUGUUUGCUUUGUGCUGUUGCCUUGACUUGUUGUACGUAGGAUUGAUUGCUUGGAACUGUUUGAUAAAGUGUUUCCCAUCAUUUUUUCAA